AAGAUGAGACUACUCACAUUUCUCUCGUUUGUACUUCUGCUAAUGCAUCAAAGCUUUUCACUCUCCAGACCACAGUGUCACACCUGUGAACUAACAUCCUGCAAGUGCUCAGGACAAAAUCUGACGAUGGUCCCUGUGAUGCCAUCAAAGCUCAUCACUGAGCUUGAUCUCUCAUUCAACGGACUGGAGACAAUAAUGGAAGAUGACUUGGCUGCAUUUGCUAGUUUACGAUCUUUGAUCAUAAAUAACAACAGAAUCCAAAAGAUCCAUGAGCAAGCAUUUUUCCCGCUGACUUAUUUGGAGAAGUUGGACUUGUCUUUUAAUAGACUGGAUGUGUUGUCUGCCGGAUGGUUUGAGAAACUUUUGUCUCUUCAGCACUUGAAUCUCUUGGGGAACGAAUAUCAGACGUUGGGUCAAGGCAAUCUUUUCCAGCCACUCAAGAGAUUGAAGACCCUAUAUUUUGGAGGACCUGACCUUCAUUCUCUCAGAAAAAGUGACUUUUCUGGCCUCAGUGGUCUUAAAGAAGUUGUUCUUGAUGGAAAGAAUCUGCAAGACUACGAAGAUGGAAGUUUGAGACAAGUCGGGCCGAUUAAAUAUGUUACACUUGGUCUGAACGGUCCGUUUCAGAGAAGUCAAAUGCUCGUAGAAGCUAUACUGUCUGAUGUUGUACACUCAAACACAAUCCUGACAUUCAGUGACACACGGUUCACCAGAGACUUUCACAUGUCCCCGUUUAAAGUGGCCAGCACUGGUGGAACUCCAAAUAUUAUUUUUAAAAAUGUCAUCCUAACGUUCCCAGCUUGUUUGGCAUUUCUGAAUUGGAUGUCAGACUCGAAUUUAACCAUGUUUACACUUGAAGAUUCUAAAUUUGUCUUAAAUUUGAAAGGUCAAAUCAGGUAUCCCUUAAAAAUGGACAAUUUGAAGACUAUUGUCCUAAAAAAUGUUAAUAUUCCUGACUUCUAUCGCUUCCCAGCCCUGUUUUUCCUGGAACGUUUGCUAAAAAUGUUUCAAAAGGUGUCUGUGCUAAACUGCACCUUUUUUAUUAUUCCUUGUAAAUCCGCUGUAGAUUUUGUAAAUCUUGAGUAUCUAGACGUCAGUGACAACUUGUGCACUGAUCUGACCCUUAGCAACAUGAUGUGCGAUGGCCAAGGCAGUUUUUUCAAUCUGCAAACCUUGAAUAUCAGCAGGAACCACCUGCAAUCAAUCAACAGCCAGAUCUUCACCAAACUAAAUAAACUUAAAAAUAUUGACAUGAGUGGAAACCUGUUUCAUAGUAUGCCUGAGACUUGUCACUGGCCGCCAAGUCUCAGAUACUUAAACCUUUCAUCAACAGGUUUAACAAAAGUGACCACUUGUUUGCCAGUGACUUUACACAUCCUGGAUCUGUCAGACAACGAUUUGACUGUGUUCAACAUCGAACUACCUUCUCUCACAGAGUUAUAUAUCUCUGGCAACAAAAUCAGUCAUUUGCCUGUUGGAGGUUUAUACCCUAGUCUUGCAUUUCUCUCCAUUCAGAACAACGACUUGCAUAUGUUCAGCAGAAAAAGUCUAAAUGAUUAUAAUAAUCUGAAGCGUCUGGAGGCUGGUGCGAAGACAUAUGUCUGUUCAUGUGACUUUGUAGCGCUCAUGACAAGCGAUUGGAGGAAUCAUCAAGUCUCAAUUGUAGAUGAAUUCAAGUUGUACAUCUGUGACUCCCCUGACACCGCAAAAGGGGAAAGUGCGGUAGACGCAAGCUUGUCGGUAUUUGAGUGCCACACAGCUUUAGCGUUUUCUUUACUCUGCUCAGGCAUCCUGUUGGUGUUUCUGCUCAUCGCAGGUUUGUGUCACAAAUUCAGCAUUUUGUGGUACAUGAAGAUGACCUGGGCGUGGCUGAGAGCCAAGAGGAAGCCAAGGUUAAAAAAAAGAGAGCUUGAGUAUGACGCCUUUGUUUCCUACAGUGACAUGGACUCUGGCUGGGUGGAAGCACAUCUGGUCCCAGAGCUGGAGCAGGGCGAGCCUCCGCUCAAGCUCUGCCUCCACAAGAGAGACUUUGUUCCUGGAGGCUGGAUUGUGGACAACAUCAUGGACGCCAUUGAGAAAAGUCACAGAACUCUGUUUGUCCUUUCUCAGCAUUUUGUCCGGAGUGAGUGGUGCAAGUACGAGCUGGAUUACACCCAUUUUAGAUUGUUUGACCAAAACGAUGACACAGUUGUGCUGAUUCUCUUGGAGCCCAUUGACAAAGAGACCAUCUCAAAAAAGUUCUGCAAGCUGCGGAGAGUCAUGAACUCCAGGACGUACCUGGAGUGGCCUGAUGAUGAUGGCCAGAUCCCCAGGUUCUGGCACAAUUUGAGAACAGCUAUUCAGAGACCUGAGACUGAAAAUGGAGACUAUUUACAGCUUGCAGAUACAGAACAACUCAAAGGAUCCACCAUCAUUGCCCAGGACAUCCACACAGGUCAUGUGUCCAUGCCUCUACAGGCCAGAGGCCCCACCCUGUCACACCUAAGGGCACUGACAGAGAAGCCGGAGACCCCGGAGAGAACUAAUGUGAGAACAUGCAAACUCCGCACAGACUCCCACGCAAACUCCCACGGACCAAACCCCACUCCAACCGGUUUUCGAACCAGGGAACCCUCUUGCUGUGAGGCAACAGUGCUAACCACAACACCACCGUGCCGCCCCAAUUGGACUGUCAUCUGGGUAAUUUGGUGGCCAGUUUGAUGCUUUGAGCUCUUUGUCA